AUGUUGAGUUUGGGCUCUACACUAAGAUAAUGACAUAUUGUAACAUUAAUUAUUAAAACAAAUAAUUUCCGCCCCUGUAAAAAGUCAGGUUAAAUAUGCCAAGCGCUUACCCAGAAAAAACGCCCCGCCUAGCCUCUCGUUGAUUGGCUGAGCUGUUACUGCAGAGACGUUUUCCCCAACCAGCCCAGACAGAAUGCGCCAUGAUACCUCAGCUCACCGUCGUAAGGGAAAAGCCCCUCAGAGACGCUCACCGGUGCCAGGUCCGUCCACGUCGACACAACGUUCACCGAGACGCAGCGGGCCUUCAGGACUCCAUCAUCCAGCAUCUACUAAGAAAAGGAAGUUUAGGCCAGGAACCAAGGCCUUGAUGGAAAUCCGAAAGUACCAGAAAAGCACAGACCUUUUGCUAAGGAAGGCACCAUUCUCGCGUCUGGUUCGAGAAGUUUGUCAAAGUUUUUCCCGAGGAGCCUUAAAAUGGCAGGUGUAUGCUCUCCUGGCUGUGCAGGAGGCUGCAGAGGCUUUUCUUGUCAGACUGUUUGCGGACUCAAACCUGUGUGCCAUCCACGCCAAGAGAGUGACCUUGUUCCCUCGUGACAUCCAGUUGGCAAGGAGGAUCCGUGGAGCAGAAAACCUUUAGAGACAGAGAAAAACACACUGUCUGACAUGACGUGCAGCAAUGCGAGAACUGUUUCUUUAUUUGGUUGGUUACCUUUUGACCUGUUUUCAUAGCUGUUGUGUUCAUGAUGCCUCUCAGUUGUAUUAUGCAAAUAAAGAUUUAUUUUUCAGUAAAGAGCAAAGAGUAAAACAAACAACUUGGGGAAUUUUUAAAUGUUUUGGCUAUGACUUUGUUGUUUUAAAGUAAUUUUUCUGUACACUUAAACACCAAGACAAAACAGUAUACAGAGUAUCCUUUUGGACCGGAGUCACCGAUGUGGUGCCCUGGAGCAUGUGGUAGCCCCCAUGGACUACCUAAGGUGCCUGUGGUGUAUGUUCAGAAAAUAAAAUUGGUCAAUAAGAGGGU